AUGCCAGUCCAGAUCUUUUGCACUAUUUCUUUUGCGGCGGACGAUGAGAAAGCAGAGGAGAAGAGAAGGGCAGAGAGUUUUGAUCGGUUCUCUGAAAAGGACGACCAUGAAGAAGACCACCAGUCCACCGGGGUCAGCCUUGCCGAGUUUGCCAGUAAUUCCAACCUGCAUGGAAUGAGCCAUAUCUUUGUUGAAGGUGGCUGUGGGAUCCGGCAAGUCUUGUGGGGCUGUGCUUUCCUGUCUUCCCUCGCUAUCUUUCUGUACCAGGUGGUGGACCGGGUCAAGUAUUAUUUGGAGUACCAUCACAUCACGGCUCUCGAUGAGAUGGACAGCUCCUUCCUGUUCUUCCCAGCAGUGACCCUCUGCAACUUCAACAGGUUUAGACGCUCCAAGAUCACAUCCAUGGACUUGGCCUUUGCUGGCUCGUUAAUGGGAUACACCAAGGGCAUGGAUCCGGGAUUCCAGCUGGCGCCACCAGUCAGGAACGACGGCGCGCCCUUCAGCAUGUACGAGUUGUUCAACAGGACCAGUCAUCAGUUGGAAGACAUGCUCAAGGAUUGUAGGUACCGGAUGGAAGAAUGCGGCCCUGAGAACUUCACAGUG